UUUCGAAGUGAUUGUUCAAUGAUGUGCCACAGAUUGUGUGUCGGUCGUGUAGUGUCGUGUUUGUCUGGCCUUAUUACUACACAGCUGCACUAUGUAAAAUAUAUACGUGCUGCUCUGCAUAAAAUUUCAAUGUGAAAAACUGCUUAUUAAGAUGAAGUAUUGAAGUGAAUGUUAUUGCUGCAACUGUUAAGCCUUUCUGUGAAAAUAUUUUAAUCGCAACAAUUAGUUAUGUGGACUUCUGCAAUAAUUGUUUUCUGCUUCUAUAUCGUAUGCAGUAGUGCAAAUGCUCCAAUUACACCCAACAACGCCUACUCAGAAGCCGAUGAUCUUAUCAAUGAUUUAGAUAGACCAAUACCCAUCACAACAGUACAAGGUGUUUUAGCUCGUCAAGCGAUGCUCCCCUGUGAUAUUAACCCAUUGGAACGGGAUGAUGCUGUGUACAUGGUGUUAUGGUUUCGCGAAGGCGACGGUGAACCGCUAUACAGUUUCGACGUCAGAGGACGGCAAUUUAACCAGGCGAAACUUUGGUCAUCACCAACUGUGUUCGGUUCGAGGGCAUUUUUUAGCACAUCGUAUCAUCCAGCUCAACUGAGAGUGGAUAAUGUUAGAAUUUCGGACGAAGGAAUGUACAGAUGUCGUGUCGACUUUCGAAAUUCUCCGACGCGAAAUUUAAAAAUCAAUUUAACCGUAAUAGUACCACCGGAGCGGCCUAAAAUUUAUAAAUUCAAUCGAAGAGAGAAAUUGAAAAAUGUCGAGGCUUACAAUGAGGGAACCGAUGUAGCUCUUAUUUGUGAAGUGACUGGAGGUCGGCCUCCACCCAACAUAACAUGGUAUUUGGAUAAUUCGGUUAUAGACGAAUCGUUCGAAAAUGGACCGGAUGGCAUCACCGUUAAUCGUUUAACUUAUCCCAAUAUUGGUCGGCAACAUGUUAACGCCCGAUUCAUUUGUAUGGCUAGCAAUACCAACCUGACACCACCCCUCACCAAAGUUGUAAUUUUAGAUGUCAACUUAAAACCACAAGCUGUCCAUAUUUUGAUAAAGGAAAAAUUUGUAUCGGCUGAUAAAUCGUACGAUGUGGAAUGCCACAGUUCAGGAUCUAAGCCGCCAGCAAUUUUAACUUGGUGGAAGGGUAGCAAGCAGUUAAAGAAACUGAUAAAAAACUUUUCAGAGCCUCCCGAUAAUCAGUCUCUCAGUGUACUAACAUUCACAGCAUCGGUUGACGAUGAUGGGAAACACUUGACGUGUAGAGCUGAAAAUAGCUACAUCAGCGAUAGUGCCGUUGAAGAUAAAUGGCGUUUAGUUGUGCAUUACAUGCCAGUUGUUUCGCUAAAGAUGGGGCCAACUCUUAAUCCAGCAGACAUCAAAGAAGGUGAUGGCGUUUACUUUGAGUGCGAAAUAAAAUCGAAUCCCAAACCAUACAAAAUGGCCUGGUUUCAUGAUGGAACGGAGCUGCAUCAAAAUGUUGGCGGUGGCAUUAUAUUAACCGAACAAUCGCUUGUAUUGCAAAGUGUAACACGAGCAUCAGCAGGUGAUUACACAUGCUUAGCUGCAAAUACGGAAGGAAGAGGAACUAGUAAUCCAGUCACAUUGCGUGUACGAUAUGCUCCAAUAUGUACAACAUUUCAAAAUGAAUUACUUGGGGCAUUAAAACACGAAACACUAUCAUUGAAAUGUGAGGUAGAUGCAUCUCCACCGGCUGAAUCAUUUCAUUGGACAUUUAAUUCGUCGGGCGAGCAAACAGAACUGCCAUCACGUCUGCAUUCCAGCGAGACCGGAUUUUCUCGUUUAAAUUAUACGCCGACAACUGAUUUAGAUUACGGGACCAUCUCGUGCUGGGCAAGGAACGCGAUUGGUCUGCAAAGAAUGCCGUGCACAUUUCAAAUCGUUGCUGCAGGAAGACCAUUCGGUCUGCAAAACUGUACCGUUUUCAAUCAAUCGUCAGAUUCACUUCAAGUGGAAUGUGUCGAAGGGUUUAACGGCGGACUUCCGCAAGCAUUUUUCUUGGAAUUGAUAGAACUAUCGGAUCGGCGGUUAGUUAGAAAUUUGAGCAUAGAGCAUCCGCCGGUGGCUUUCUUCAUUGAUAACUUGGAGCCGAAUUAUUCUUACCGAAUAAUAAUGUUUGCCGUAAAUGCUAAAGGUCGAUCGGAACCAACAAUUAUUGACGACAUUACGUUCAAAGGGAUUGCAACAUUCACAGGUCAAUCAAAUGGACUGAAAAUCUCAUUACCGCCGAUUCUAGCUUCUCUUACAUUAAUUGCUGCUAUUCUUUUCGCAGUGGUGUGCAUAGUAUUAGCUACAUUGUAUCGAAAAUACGACAGCAAGAAUGCUGAAGCGAAUCUAAAAUCAACGAAAAACCACAUACAGCUUCCAGUGAAACUUUCAGACUGUCAAUUGAAUCCGCCAGUGCGAGAUCUCAGUGGAACGUUGAAAUCGAAUCCAGCUGACGACUUGCAUCGGGAACGACCGCAAUUUAUGGAACCGCUUGACGAUGACACAGAUCCAGAUGUAAUACCGAAUCAAUACGAACGCCGACCUCUCAAGUCACAACUUCCAACACCGCUAUUUCGAAGUCCAUCCAUUCGAUUCAUUCAAAAAGAUACCAUAUCCGAUGCACCUGAUUCUGGCUCAAUAAGAAGUUAUUCUAGCAAAGUACAUCAUGACAAAACUCAAUCCAGCAAACAAAUUAGCUAUGCAACUCUCAGCAGAAGUGGCAAUAAAAGUAUAACGACAUGCAAUCCACUCGGUGCUACGUUACAUAAUCCGAAUAUCCAAUUGGUGACAUCAUCAUUAUGUGAGUACCGAUUACGACCAGAAGUUGUGACAAUGUCGAACCGAAUACAAGAAAGCUGUAUAUAAUAAACACCGGCUCAAAAUACGCUCGCGUUCACACGAUAUUUGAUAAAAUAUUUAGAGUAAGUUAAUUUUGACUGACCAAAGA